AGUGUGAAGUAAUUUUAUCGUUUCGCGUGAAUUUUUGUCGCACUGUGCGGCGUAGAAGCACGUUCCGUGUGUGAAAUCAUCUGUUUUUGUACGGAAAAUUUCAUUUAUUUGCCGUCGCUCGGUGUCGUUCGUGAGUCAUUUGCUGUUUUGGUGCACAACAAUUCACUCACAUGGUGAUUUUCGCUCGGUAAACAAACGAAAUUCGGAAAAAUGUCGAUACCUGUGUUGCCCAAAGGCACCAUUUUGUUGGAAAAUCAGGUUGCGGGACACACUUUUCAGGAUUCCGCGCAAGCCAUUGGGAUGCUAAAGAGCUCCAACGAGGGUUUUAUCUUCAAACCGCUGACAAAACCGGAUUGUGCGGUGCGUGAAAAGGCAUUUUACGAGCAGCUUGAAGUCGCCGAAGACCAAACAUCGAAAGAAUUGAGACAAAUGGUCCCCAAAUUUCACGGAGUUCAUGUCAUGAGUGUUCGAGGACGUGAUGUGCAAUUCGUCAAAUUGACUGAUAUCACGAGUGGCAUGACGGAGCCGUGUGUCAUCGACAUCAAAAUUGGCAAACGCACGUGGGAUCCGACAGCUUCGGAAGCCAAACGAAUGGUUGAAUCGAGCAAAUAUGUGCGUUGCAAGGAAAAUGUCGGCUUUUGUAUCCCCGGAUUUCAAGUUUUUAGCAUCUCCGCCGGGAAAGUCAAGCGUUAUGGCAAGGAAUAUGGCAAAAGUUUGGAUGAAAAUUCCGUUUUGGAAGCUUUUAAACUCUUUUUAAAUGCGGAUACGAAGCUUUAUCGCCCUUUAAUACAAAAAAUCCUGCAAAAUUUGAGACAAAUUCAAAGCUGGGCAGUGCGUCAAAGGAAAUUUUUGCUUUACAGCAGCUCAGUAUUAAUCGCGUACGACGCGAAACGACUCAAAGAGUUCAUUUGUAAGCACGAUGAGUUCCUCCAAAAGUUAAAAAGUGACGAAAUGUUGUCUUUGAAUGAAGAUUCGCAGCCCGAUUGGGUUCAAGUAAAGAUGAUUGAUUUUGCGCAUCAGUUCCCGAAUGAGGAGAGAACGGAAGAUACAAAUUAUACGCACGGCAUUGGGCAUUUGGUUCAGAUAUUUGAAGACAUUCUGCAACAUUGUUGAACAAAUUUUUUAAAAAUUUUAGUUUUUAAGCCAUUUUUAAGAUGAAAAAGCCACCAAAAAUGAUUUUAGGCAUAAGUCCGAAGAGUUUUUUGACAGUUAAAGAGAUAGAAGAUGCUAGAAAUUUGAAAUUUUAAAACAUUUUUGAUAUUGAUUGUACUGAAAAUGAGAGAAUUUAAUCAAAAAUUAACAUUGAAGGAAAAUUUUGACAUUUCUCAUUUUGACAGCUGUCAAAAUUUUUUAUUAAAUCAAAAUUUUUUUACGAAAGAAAAUUUCUAAAAAUUAAAUUUCAACUGAAAUGUACAAGAAAAUAUAAAAUGUUGAAAAAAAUUAAUUUUAACAAAAUUUUUUGACUUUUGUCAAUUUGACAGCUGUCAAAA